AUGUCAUCGAACCUCAGCAAGGACAUCGGUUCUCUUUCCUUGCAGGAAGAAGCACCCCUCUCUCUUCUGAGCGGCCCUUUGGAGCCAGGUUUCGCGGCCACGUUCACAACAGUCGCCAACUCUUUGGGUUUGGCACAAUUGCCUUGGUUCACGCCCCUAGAUAUUCUCGAGAUUUCAUCCACUAACGAAUGUCGUCGCAAGCUCCUGCGGAAGCAGCUCUUCCAAAGCCACCGGGAAGCAGGGGCUUGGGUUGCCGACCCUUCCUGCGAAGAAAACAGGGCCUCUUUGGUUUUGUGCUCCAUACUGACGCAGACGCUUUUAGCGUUCUUAGAAGGAGACGCAGCGAUUGACAGGUAUCCCUGCGACGCUUUCCGUCUCCCCGACGGCCAGAUCAAGUUCUCAACGAGUAUCUCGGACACCCUCACCAAACUACGCGAUUGGCCGUCGACUAUACUUGGAAAGGCCCUCCGCGCAAUGGAAACCGAGCGCAAGAAGCACGGCAAGGGCCCGGCGGACAGUAUACCCCCCGGGGACGACUCCGUUUCCAAUUUGUUCUCUAUUUUCAACAAAUACAAGAAACGAGGGCUUUACGCCAAGAUACUUGCCAACAUCGUCAUCGCUGCGAUGGGACUUCAAUACUCGAUGGAUGGAGUGGACCUGCCAGAGUACUGGGACGAAGUCUCCAAUAUUACAGGCCUCAAUCCGACAGACAUUUUGGAAUACAAGUCCCAAUACGGCACCUAUGGACCGCGUAUUAUCCUCCUCCCCAUCCAUCUCGCCGCAACAUUGUCCCCCCUCUUACUCCUCAUGACCAAGGACUUGAUGGCGAAAAGUAUCUCGAGACAUUCGCACCUGCUGAUGUGGAGACACCUUGGCUCUGCUAGGCCGAGCCAGCUCGUGGCAUAUGAAGACGUCAUAUGGAGAACGGUUCAUUCCAUCGCCAUACGCCCAAGCUCAGUCGACUCGUCUAUGAAACAGAUGUUCGAGCGUCUGAAACAACUGUCACAGUUUGACCCCGCCGUCAAGGACAGCAAUUUUGGGAUUGAAGCCGAAGCCGCGAGCUUCUUCGUCCAGCUUGAACCCCUCCUCCGCUCUUCAACACCACCGGCGGACGGUCCUCUCUCGUCGAAACCCGGGCCAUCCAAACCCCGUCCUACUGCCUCCCCCGCCCACAAUGGCACACCGCCUCCAGCAGCUGACCCGCCCAUGGAUGUCGAUGGCGAUGGCCAACCACCAUCGGAAAACCCCCAACCAGGUGGCAAGGCAAAUGCCGACGAGGAGAACGGACCAGAUGGCGGCCAGGAUGGGCGUCGGAGCAUCACCCCGCCUCCAGCAGCUGACCCGCCCAUGCGAGUCGAUAGCCCCACCGCUGAACAAUCGCGCGAUCAAAACAACGACGGCGACGACUCUGAUGCUGAUGUCCGCCGGAAUGAUACCCUGGGACCUCAGCAGGACACACGCGCCGUCGACAACGUCAGCGACAACGAUAUGUAUGUUGAGAACCAUCCCGUAGAACCGUCGGCUGGUCGAGACACGGGCGGCCAUGGCUUAGAUGAGGGUGGUGAUACGAACAACCCGCCUACUGCAGACGAGGCCGGCGAGCCAAGUGGUGUUGACGACGACGAAGAUCUUGAUACGAGUGGUGCUGGCCGCAGUGGUGGGGAUCCCAAUUCCGCACCGUUGCGGAUAAUCAUCCCGCCUCGAAAGUUGAAAAGGGGACGGUCCCCCGCCAUCGAGCCUGAGAGCGGACACAGCAAGAGGACACGGUCGACGACCUUCAGACCCAGAGGUCUUCCUAGCCCUCCGCAUCGAAGAACGACUCGCCUCCGUUCCUCCACCAUCCAACCUCAGUCUCAGCUGAGCCCCCCCGCCGCCAAAUCCAGCAGCUCCAUCACAGUCCGACGCAGGUCGACUAGGAAACCAACGACCACCCCGACUGUUCUUCCCGUCACGAACCCAUCUCUCCCCCCUCUUGUCGGGACAUCCAAAGAGCAUCGUUUCCUUGCACCUCCUCAAAGUCUGUACGAUAUCCGUGGUGGCGCCGUCGAGUUCCUCCCUUCCUUCCAUAAUGAGUCGCAUGUUCAGUCCAUCCUUGCCUUGAUCAGGGGCAUACGUCGCUCGUAUGGGGAUUCAGCUCCACCAUACACAACCGGAAAAGAAGGCAUACUAAUAAAACCCGUCUCCUAUCACGAUUACAAGGCAUGGCAGUCUUCGGGUCAACUGGGCGACGAGUUGAAAUCCAAGGUCAUCUUGGUCACGGGGGUUCCUCAUCCGAAUCACAAGACACUAGAUGAGGCCGUCAGAGACUUGAGCAUAUCACUCGAUGCCCCUCUUAUUUGUCAUGAUCAAUCUGUUGAGAUGGGUGCAGAAGGCAACGAGCAGCACCGGGAAACUACGUUGGCCCAGCUCAUCGAUAUAUCCCAGUCCCCCGACGCGAAAUCCCUCAACUUCCUCGACAUUCCUGGUCCUAUUGCAGCGGACGUACCACUUGUCCACGACGACACGCUUGACCGCGCCUGCUACCCCAUGACGUGGGAUGUUCACCAGGCACGGCAAUCUGCAGACAUGACGUCCCUUCAGUGGACCAUUGCCACGACGCCUUGGUCAUGGCACCAUCUACAUAUGGACACCAAUGGGUUUGGCACCCUCGCCAUGUCCACGUACGGUCGAAAGUUGUGGGCUGUCUUUCGGUGUAAAGGGGAUACUUUCGGCACGCGGCCAAUCGACUGGCAAAUUAACCCCGGCCUUUUGGACGAUAACGUUCUGGAUUCCGAGGAAUACGAAGUGGACUACGCCAUUUUGGAGCCUGGAGCCGCCUUGGUGAUGCCUGGAGGCUGCCCGCAUAUGGUCGUGACGCUUGACGACUCUACUGUCUUUAUGGGGCGUCAUUUUUACCAAGGGCGCAGUAUACGACGCCACAUGUUCAGCUUCGUUCACUCCGCGUGUAUACCGCUCUCCACGAACACGGACCACAAUCAAUGCGCCGCGUCUAUCAUCCGCAGGCUGGUCGCUGCCUUCAGGGCUGCAUGUUUCACGCUUGACGCUAUUCCUGGUAAGUUUGUUCUCGUUCCUCCUAAUUCCCAUCUCAUCCUUCCAAAAAAAGCGAGAUUCCGUUCGCAGUUCGCGGACAUGAAAACGACGGAAGGUAUAAAGGAUACGCUCGUCGUCUGUGUCGUCGGUCGCCUCCUACCGGCCAUCUUCAAGGACGACAAAUCCUUUAAUGAUGAUCUCGUCGUUGCUUCGACCAGCUCGCUAGCGCUCAUUCAACAAAUCCAAGCUUCGGAUGCGCACCGAUUCAAGGACUCCAACGGACGUCCACUUGACUUUUACGAGGACAUUUACGUGUUGUACCUGCGCCACGUCUGCUCUGUAUAUAUCAGAUUGCUUAGCUGGUCUCCGGACUCAUUGCUGACUGGCGCGCAUACGCGGCUGUCCAAGAUCCCCGAGACCAAGGGGUACGAACCAAUGUUGAAUAGUUCUUCAGAAUCGGUCGACCUUGGUGACUCAGACUUGAACUUGGAUGUAGAGUAUGUUUUGCCGUUUGUUUUAGAAUAUUGUACAUAG